GACAACCCGGGUUUCUGGAGGUGUAUGCGCCUCUCAUCCUUGAGUACUCACCAUCGACCCUAAUGGAGAUUAUGUAAAUUAUUUGGAAAUAAUAUUCAGCAAACGCGAAAAAGGUAGAGAGAUACACAAUAUAUACAUAUAUAUACAUACAUACACGAUUGUGUAUAUAUAUAUAUAUAUAUAUAUAUAUGGCUUCUACUGGUAAUAUAUGUCAGAACGCCCUUUCUCCAUUACUGUACUCUUCUAAGAACCAGACUUUUGCUCUGAACACAUCUCAAUUUCUUUCCUCCAAUUCCAUUUUCAAAUUAAAAAAGUACUCACCCAUUCAAAUUAAGCGGCUCAACAAUCCGAAUUUGCAUGCUCCGCCCAUUGUUUAUGCCGCGCAGGGCAAUUUCCUGAAAGUUGCGCAAACAGUGUGGAAGGUUGGCAAGGAUGGAGUCGAAGCAGGAACUAACUUGGUGCCGGAAACUAUUCCAAGACCUAUAGCAAGGAUUUCCGUAACUAUAGUCGCUGUGUCGGUGGCACUCUUUGCACUUAAGUCGUUUCUUUCCACGGUGUUCUUCGCUCUGGCGGUGAUGGGGCUGAGUUAUUUCACAUUCAUAGCAUUGAAUAAGGAUGAAGGUCCGAAAGUAGGUGGAGGAACCACCACUUCUGUUGAAGAUAGCCUUGAAGAAGCUAGAAAAAUUAUGGACAAGUACAAAUAACUGUGUGUGUGUGUGUGUGUGUGUGUUAGAUUGGGGAUUUACAGCACCAUUCAAUCAAUUUGUUUGUGCAUUCUUCUGUGUACUAUAUGUAGGGAGAUUUAAUUUUCUCAUCAAACAAUAAAAAUAUAUCAUAUUUAAGAUUUGCUCCUUGU